AUGGAAGUCGAAGCUCCACUCCCUGCACUGAAGCCGGGGCGUGCACUGCAGCGCGCAUUUCUGUUGUACGCAAACUAUUGGGCAUGUUACUUCUUCAUCAGGGAAACUGGUCAACAUGUGGGGGACGUGUUCAUGAUGCAAGGCAGUGGCAAUGGAGGAAGCGGUAGUAACAGUAGAGACAACCAGUGGUCUGAUCAUGAUGCCGUUGACGUGAAGUCAUUCAUUGUGGACUCUGGCGCGUCAGUUCAUGCAACGGGCGACCCGAACCUCUUCUCUUACUUGGAGGAUACCACCACCAACAUGCGCCUUUGCACGGCCAACGGAUCGACGAUGGACAUAACUGGACGGGGCACCGUGCGGCAUCACAACAUCACUCUGCACGGCGUCCUGUUGGUGCCCAGGCUAGCUGUGAACAUAGUGUCCGUGUCCAAACUCGGCGAGUUGGACUACACUGUUGAGUUCACACGUACCAAUUGUUUCAUCCGGGACGCCGGCACAGGGGACCUUGUCGGGGAAGGACACCUCGUCAAUGGCCUGUUCGAGCUUGAUUUUCUGCAGGCCCCACGCACUUGA